AUGCCAAUCAUACAAAAUGUAACUAUACAGCCGUUAAAGAAUAACGAUACUUUAAAAAAUGACACUCUAAUCAUACAAAACACAACACUAGUCCAAAACGUAACUUCGGUACAAAGCUUUGCAAAACCUGAUGCCGCAAAAGGACUCCCUGGCAAUGGAAAAUACAAAGGUGACGGUACCUGGUACAAAAUGACCGAUAACGUUCAAAUAGCAGGCCAAGUCUCAUGCAACAGUAAACUCUACAACCACAACAAUGAUUACAUUGUAGCACUCAACAAACCAGACUACCUUAAAUACGCGCCCGAAAAACAAAAAAACGACGCGCCCACUAGUUUGGCAUGCGGUAAAAAGGUCAGAAUCUAUCACAUGAAAGAUGAGAAAAGCCAGAUUAAAAGUGUCGAUGCAACUAUUGUUGAUUUGUGCCCAGAAUGUAAGUCUGGCGAUUUGGAUUUGUAUCAGGUGGUGUUUAAUAAGUUGUCGGACAACAGUAUUGGACGGAUUAGUAUUAGCUGGGAGUUUCUUGAUGAGGAGCCUCCGGCAAAGAAUUCAAAUGCAAGCCGGCAAUUUUAUUUGGCGAACGGUAGUGCAUUAUUAUUCACUCUCACUUUAAGUCUUUACUUUGGAUAUGUGUAA